AUGCAGGAUCUUCAUGCGGAUGGGAUGAAUGUCAAGGCAAUGUCCCAAGAUGAUCGGAUUCAAUUUAUCGCUGGAGAACUGAAAAAUAUCGCGGCGACAAACGACCAAAUCGCAAAUGAAAUUCAAACGAUGCUCGAAAAUCCCCGAUUCGACAUGGUGGCAGAAAUCAAAGAAAAUGCUACGGGAAUCAUGAAUUUUCUCAACCUAGGACAUGCCAAACAAGUCGUUAAAGUUGCCCUUCUUGCUGCUGCUACUGUAGUUGUUGUUGACAACCGAAGCACUCUCUUUUCCCUGGUGCAGACGAUCAAAGGCUGA